AUGGAGCAAGACGCGGGCGGGCCUGAGUGGGAGCGGGUGCUCUGGAAGCGUCAGCCUUUCCCAGAUAACUACGUCCCUAAAACGUUCCUCUCCUCCCUGAGCACAAACGCAAAUUUCAGGCCGUACACCUACGGUUCGCUCGUGCUGGCAUCAUGCACCAUCAGCCUCCACUUCUCCGUCAUUUUCGUUUUCCUCGCAAUCUUCGUCAGGCUCAAGGAGCGUACCCUUGACCCAAGGCUCCUCGUCUGGAUCUCCAUCGUGUCUUUCAUCUGCUUCUAUACCCUGUGGGAGAUUGUAGAGCACAUUGGCAGCAACACUUCCCGCUUGGAGAACCGUGCAAAAGCCGUCAAGUCGUCAAUACUAAUUUUCCUAGCACUGCUUGCUUUGUCUCCCAUGCUGAGAACCCUAACGGCUGCCACCUCCUCCGACUCAAUCUGGGCUUUGUCCGCAUGUCUGUUUGUCCUCAAUGUCGUCCUUGCAGAUUAUACGCCGAUGCACUCGGCGCAGCAGCACCCGCGUGAGAGACUGAGCUCAGUCAUGUCCGUCAACGCGGCCAUCUCGGCGUCCGUCGUACUGGCGUCUCGUCUCGUGGACGACGUCUCGGUCUUCGCCCUUAUGCUCUUCUCUAUCGAGGCGUUUGCACUGCUCCCGUUGCUGCGCCGCCGGCUCCAGGUGCGCUUGCCUUCGGUCUUUCCGACCCUCACGCUUCUCGCCGCGGGCCUCGCAGUCUCCCUUACGGCAGCGCUCUCGUCCACAGUGGCUACUCUCUAUGUCGCCGUGUUCGCUUUCGUCACGCUCGUCGCGCCGAGCCUGCUAGUGUGGGCACAGCGCUACAAGAACGAAAUCAGGGGCACCUGGGAUCCCGCGGUCCCAAAGGUUAACCUGGCCCUGCAUCACACACGGCCUGCGUAG